AUGGCACUACCCUACCCCCCGCCACUGACGCCCAUUGAGCGGGUGCUCGCCCCCAGCGCGGACCUGGGCCACACGCCGCCGAAGAAGAUCAACCCGCUGCCGUAUGUCUAUCUGAAGCUCGUGCGGCUGCGGCCGAUUGUGGGCGUGGGCGUCAAUUUCAGGAUGAGGCUUUCUGACGGGGUGGAGUUUGUGCACGCCUAUUUCGUCAGCACCAAAUUCGACGAGUUUGUGCACAACGGGACCAUCAAGGUCGGGCAAGUCAUUGAAGUGCGGCGAUACGUGUUGGGUGUGCAUCCGAGUGGCGGUACGAGCUUUGUGGGGUUGGUGUGGAUAUAUCCAAUCCCGUGUGCGGUUGUUAAUGCCCGGUCGACUGUUUCUAAUGGCCCGAGUGCUGCUGUCAAUGGUUCGACUGUUGCCAAUGGCUCGAAUGGUGUCAAUAGCUCGAAUAUUGCUAUCAAUGGGCCAAAUACUGCCGUCAAUGGCCCAAGAGCUAUCGUUAAUGGCGGCCCAACUGUUGUCAAUGGCCCAACGACUGUCAAGGACCCAAGUACUAUCGCCAAUGGCUUAAGUACAGUAGUCAAUGACGAUAGUAUUGCCGUCAAAAACUCAAGUACCGCCGCCAGUGGCCCAAAUAAUGUUAUCAGCAUCGCCGUCCCAGCUCUCCAAUGGCCCCCGAUCACCGUACCAAAUAUCUGGCUCAUAUCCAGCGCCAAACUAACAGAGGACAUGAUCAACAUAAAAAGAACAAUGCUAAACAACCUGGCAAGCAAGAAUAUGCGAAACGCUAAUUUUCUCGUUAUCGUACUAGAGAGGCGGAAACGCCCCGACAGUAAAUCAAUCCCCAAGCAAGACUGGUACCUCUGGGACCAGUCCUCCAACGACCGCAAGACCAUAAUCAGCGUCUGGGGCGAGCUCUGCACCGAGUUCCAACCCGAACCAGGCACAAUCGUCGCCCUCUGGGAUGUCCAGAUCAACACCCGGUACGAGGACAACCCAAACUCAGCAAGGCUGACGCGCUUGACAAAGGGCGGGCUGGGCCACUUGAAUGCCUACAAGAACAAGCGCCCAAAGGGCCUGAUGGACCCGGAGGAUGUGAUGGGGUACCAUGAGUUGAAGGAGGCAUGGCAGGCAUUGCAGCGCGGCAGGAUUACUUGGGAGGGUUAA